UUGAAAAUGUUAGUCUUUAAAGAUAAAGCCAAAAAUCUGUUUUAAAAUACCUGCUUACAGAAUGACCAAAAAGUAGAUGUUUUCAUAUUUAUUAAGUUUUCACACAUAUCCGCAACGAGGGGCUGCUCACUUCAGGGAAACAUGACCAGUUCAAACUGAUGAAAAGUCUGCAGCCAGCAGGGCCACUGCUGCCAGUGUGUCCUGAGGGAGCUCGCACCUGUUUGACUUUACAUAUACAUACUUAGGUUUGUCCAUCAGUUGUCUCCUCUUCAAGGAGGUAUGUGAGUUCGUGGUUUUAAGCAUAUAAAUUUAAACGUUAAAUAUUAAAAGAAGAAAUCAGAAGUAGCCCAUUUGAGUCUUACAUGAGUGAAAUGUGUUGGGUUUCAGAAGCAGAAUAUAUUGAAGGAAAUGAAACCAUUUUUUUAAUAAAGAGCAUAGUUUGGAAUAAGGAAAGAAUAUGUGCACUUACGUGAACGAAUUAGAACUCUGCCUGCCCUUUAGGGUUUGGUAAUGUUACCAGAUAAAAAAGAAGAAAAGCUAUUCUACAUUGUUUGAAUACAUUAUUAAUCAUCUUGGGCUUCAAAAGGACAGCUAGGGGCCAAGAGACUGGGGUUUUCAUCAAAUGUGCGGUGGAAGCAACUUUGGGAAAGUUUGUUUUCAUUAUGCUGCCUAAAACACAGGGUAUUUUAUAAAGAGGCUUUUGCAUUGACAAGCUUCUCAGUCCUCGCCUCUGGGAGUCUAGUGCCUCCUAGAGCCGCUUGUGCCCUCAGCCCUGUAAUGUGAUAUCCCUCCUCCUGGAUUGGUCAGAGGGGUGUCCUUUCCCUGGGAGCCGCUUUCCACCACUGCUCCCAAACUUGGCUCAGCCCAGCAGCCACCAUCACCACCACAGCGUUUGCUGCUGCAGCUGCAGCUGCUGCUCUCCCUCCGGCGGCUGCUUCGCGUGGCCAGCAGUGAAUGGAGCGAUGGAGCCUAGACUGUUCUGCUGUACCACUCUCUUUCUCCUGGUCGGGUGGUGCCUACCAGGGUUGCCUUGCCCCAGCCGGUGCCUUUGCUUUAAGAGCACCAUCCGCUGCGUGCACUUGAUGCUGGACCACAUUCCUCAGAUACCACAGCAGACCACAGUUCUAGACUUGAGGUUUAACAGAAUAAGAGAAAUUCCAGAGAAUGCCUUCAAGAAACUCAAGAAUUUGAACACUCUUCUGCUGAACAACAACCACAUCAGAAAGAUUUCCAGAAAUGCUUUUGAAGGACUUGAAAAUUUGCAGUAUCUGUACCUAUACAAGAAUGAAAUCCAUGCACUAGAUAAGCAAACAUUUAAAGGACUCAUAUCUUUGGAACAUCUGUACAUUCAUUUCAACCAACUAGAAACGCUACAGCCAGAGACCUUUGGAGACCUUCCAAAAUUAGAGCGACUAUUUUUGCAUAACAACAAAUUAUCUAAAAUCCCGGCUGGGAGCUUUUCUAAUCUGGAUUCAUUAAAAAGAUUGCGUCUGGAUUCCAACGUCCUGGUUUGUGACUGUGAUCUGAUGUGGCUGGGGGAGCUUUUACAAGGCUUUGCCCAACUCGGCCACACCCAGGUUGCAGCUACCUGUGAAUAUCCCAGGAGACUCCAUGGGCGUGCAGUUGCUUCAGUAACAGUAGAGGAAUUCAAUUGCCAGAGCCCCCGAAUUACCUUUGAGCCCCAGGACGUGGAGGUACCAUCAGGAAAUACUGUCUACUUCACCUGCCGCGCAGAAGGAAACCCCAAACCUGAGAUUAUUUGGAUACACAACAAUCAUUCAUUGGAUUUGGAAGAUGAUACUCGACUUAAUAUGUUUGAUGAUGGCACACUCAUGAUCCAAAACACCAGAGAGUCAGACCAAGGUGUCUAUCAGUGCAUGGCCAGAAAUUCCGCUGGGGAAGCCAAGACACAGAGUGCCAUGCUCAGAUACUCCAGUCGUCCAGUCAAACCAGCCUUUGUAAUCCAGCCCCAGGACACAGAGGUUUUAAUUGGCACCAGCACAACUUUGGAAUGUAUGGCCACAGGCCACCCACACCCCCAUAUCACUUGGACCAGGGACAAUGGAUUGGAGCUGGAUGGAUCCAGGCACGUGGCAACGUCCAGUGGACUUUACUUACAGAACAUCACACAACGGGAUCACGGUCGAUUUACCUGUCAUGCUAACAAUAGCUACGGCUCUGUUCAAGCUGCAGCAAACAUAAUUGUACAAGCUCCUCCACAAUUUACAGUAGCCCCCAAGGAUCAAGUGGUGCUGGAAGAGCAUGCUGUAGAGUGGCUCUGUGAAGCUGACGGCAACCCACCUCCUGUAAUUAUCUGGACAAAAACAGGAGGGCAGCUCCCUGUGGAAGGCCGGCAUACAGUUCUCUCCUCUGGCACUUUGAGAAUUGACCAUGUAGCACAGCAUGAUCAAGGCCAAUAUGAAUGUCAAGCAGUCAGUUCAUUGGGGGUGAAAAAAGUGUCUGUGCAGCUGACUGUAAAACCCAAAGCUCUUGCAGUGUUUACUCAACGUCCUCAGGAUACAAGUGUCGAGGUUGGAAAGAAUAUAAACAUUUCAUGUCAUGCUCAAGGAGAACCACAGCCCAUAAUUACUUGGAAUAAGGAAGGUGUGCAGAUAACUGAGAGUGGUAAAUUCCACGUGGAUGGUGAAGGCACGCUGACUAUCUACGACGCAGGGUUCCCUGACCAGGGAAGAUACGAAUGUGUGGCUCGGAAUUCAUUUGGCCUUGUUGUGACCAACAUGUUUCUUACAGUUACUGCUAUACAGGGUAGACAAGCUGGCGAUGACUUUGUUGAGUCUUCCAUUCUUGAUGCCGUACAGAGAGUUGACAGUGCAAUUAACUCCACACGAAGACAUUUAUUUUCACAAAAACUUCACACCUCCAGUGACCUGCUGGUUCAGUUUCAUUACCCACGUGACCCACUGAUUGUGGAAACAGCAAGAGCAGGGGAGAUUUUUGAGCACACGCUGCAGCUGAUACAGGAACGUGCGAAGCAGGGGCUCACUGUGGACUUAGAAGGCAAAGAAUUCCGGUACAAUGACUUGGUGUCCCCGCGCUCUCUCGGCCUCAUCGCCAGUUUAUCUGGAUGCACAGCUCGCAGGCCUCUGCCAAACUGCUCCCACCCAUGUUUCCACCGAAAGUACCGCGCCCACGACGGCACGUGCAACAACCUGCAGCAGCCCACGUGGGGCGCUGCGCUGACCGCCUUCUCGCGCCUGCUGCAACCCGCCUACCAGGACGGCAUCCGCUCGCCCCGCGGGCUCGGCCUUCCCGUGGGCUCCCGCCAGCCCCUCCCGCCGCCCCGGCUGGUCGCCACAGUGUGGGCGCGCGCAGCGGCCGUCACCCCUGACCACAGCUACACACGUAUGCUUAUGCACUGGGGCUGGUUUCUAGAGCACGACUUGGAUCACACAGUGCCCGCGCUGAGCACAGCCCGCUUUUUGGAUGGGCUGCCUUGCAGCUCCGUCUGCACCAACGACCCUCCGUGCUUCCCCAUGAACACCCGGCAAGCCAACCCCCGGGGCACCCACGCGCCCUGCAUGCUCUUCGCGCGCUCCAGCCCCGCGUGUGCCAGUGGCCGACCCUCCGCGAAGGUGGGUUCAGUCUAUGCACGAGAGCAGAUCAACCAGCAAACAGCCUACAUCGAUGGCUCCAACGUUUACGGGAGCUCGGAGCGGGAAUCCCAGGCUCUCAGAAACCCUACGGUGCCUCGGGGACUCCUGAGGACAGGCUUGCCUUGGCCUCCUUCGGGAAAGCACUUAUUGCCCUUUUCUACAGACCCACCCACUGGGUGCGAGCGACAGGAGCAGGACAGCCCCUGUUUCCUGGCCGGGGACCACCGGGCCAACGAGCAUCUGGCUCUGACAGCCAUGCACACCCUGUGGUUCCGGGAACACAACAGGGUGGCCACGGAGCUGUCCGCCCUAAACCCCCACUGGGACGGAGACACGGUUUACCAGGAAGCCAGGAAGAUCGUAGGUGCGGAGCUGCAGCACAUCACCUACAGCCACUGGCUGCCUAAGGUCCUGGGGGACCCUGGCACUAAGAUGCUGAGGGAUUACCGGGGCUACAACCCCAACGUGAAUGCGGGCAUCAUUAACUCUUUUGCUACUGCAGCCUUUCGAUUUGGCCACAUAUUAAUCAAUCCUAUUCUUUACCGACUGAAUAACACCUUAGGUGAAAUUUCCGAAGGCCACCUUCCAUUCAAUAAAGCGCUCUUUUCACCAUCCAGAAUAAUUAAGGAAGGUGGGAUAGACCCGGUCCUCCGGGGGCUGUUUGGCGUGGCUGCUAAAUGGCGGGCACCCUCCUACCUUCUUAGUCUUGAGCUGACCCAGAGGCUCUUCUCCGCGGCUUAUUCUGCAGCAGUGGACUCGGCUGCCACCAUCAUUCAAAGGGGUAGAGACCACGGGAUCCCACCAUAUGUUGAUUUCAGAGUUUUCUGUAAUUUGACUUCAGUUAAGAACUUUGAGGAUCUUCAAAACGAAAUUAAAGAUUCAGAGAUUAGACAAAAACUGAGAAAGUUGUAUGGCUCUCCAGGUGACAUUGACCUCUGGCCUGCCCUUAUGGUUGAAGACCUGAUUCCUGGUACGAGAGUGGGACCAACACUUAUGUGCCUGUUUGUUACCCAGUUUCAGCGGCUAAGAGAUGGAGAUAGGUUCUGGUAUGAAAAUCCUGGAGUAUUCACCCCGGCACAACUCACUCAGCUGAAGCAGGCGUCCCUGGGCCGAGUGCUUUGUGACAAUGGUGACAGCAUUCAGCAAGUGCAGACUGAUGUCUUUGUAAAGGCAGAAUACCCACAGGAUUACCUGAGCUGCAGCGAGAUCCCAAAGGUGGACCUGCGAGUGUGGCAAGACUGCUGUGCAGACUGUAGGAGUAGAGGACAGUUCAGAGCAGUGACACAGGAAUCUCAAAAGAAACGCUCAGCUCAAUACAACUAUCCUGAUGAGAAAGAUAUGGAGUUAAGUCAUCUAAGAAGUAGGCAACAAGAUAAAAUAUAUGUGGGUGAAGAUGCGAGAAACGUGACGGUUCUAGAAAAAACAAAGUUCUCCCAAGAUUUCAGCACGUUUGCAGCGGAAAUUCGGGAAACCAUCACAGCACUCAGAGAACAGAUAAACAAGCUGGAGGCACGCCUGAGGCAGGCAGGGUGUACAGAUGUUAAAGGAGUUCCAAGGAAGGCCGAGGAGCGCUGGAUGAAAGAAGACUGCACUCACUGCGUCUGUGAGAGUGGCCAGGUCACCUGUGUGGUGGAGAUUUGUGCCCCGGCUCCCUGUGCCAGUCCUGAGUUGGUAAAAGGAACGUGCUGUCCAGUUUGCAGAGACCGAGGAAUGCCAACUGAUUCCACAGAGAAACGCUAAUAAAAGUUUUGUGCUCUUGAGCCCUGAAUGGGAAAUUUCUCAGGAAGAGACACUUAGGACUUUGGCACUUUUAACUUGUAGUCACAUCGUUGAUAUGGAAACCACUGACUUAAGCAACUUAGUUCAUUUAAUCUUACAUAUACUGAAGAUCUUUUAUUUUGUUCAUUUUCUAACACAUCUUGAAAUAAUUCAAAACUAAAAGCAAUAAAGUGCAUAGGAAAUAUUUUAUCAUAAGAAAUAUUUCUUACUGUAAGCUGUCAGUUUUAUAUUCUGCAUCUGGAAAUAAAAAGAAUACCAUGGAAUAUUUAAAAAAUA